CAGGACGCCAGGAGACGGGCCCGUUGUGGGCCCCGCCGCGCUCGCGGCGGCCCUGGAGUUGCUGCUGCGCCUGAGCUCUGCCAGGAGCAUGUGCCUCAACCUGCUCUUCAACGCGACUGGGGACCAGACUCCAGAGGAGUCCGCCGCCGGGUCUGCGAUCCCGGUGACCGUCAGCUGCGCGUUCCGGCUGGCCCAGUGUACGCAGCGCCUGGCGCAGGAACUCGGCAGCGCGGACGAACGCUGGGUAGCCACGGUGCGCGGCUCCGAGGACGAGGCGGAGGCCGAGGAGGUACUGGGGCAGUGGCUGCACGUCGGGGAGUUGCUGGGGAACCUCUGCCAGACCGUGCUCGUGAACUGCCCCACCGCCUCGGUUUUCCUCGCGGUGGCGCAGGGGCAGGGAUAGGUGAUGGGGGAGACGAGG